AUGACUUCGGAUCCAUCACUUACUUAUCCAGCUGACUAUUAUUAUCCAGAAUUUAUUGAGAGUCGUCCCGAUGAUCCAUUAAAAUCUCCUUCGCCUCGUUUACAAGUCACAACAUCUAUUGAUAAGGGCAUCGGUUCGACAGUAAAACCUUCUAAAAAUGCUGACCGAAAAACUGAAACAGUAACUAAAACGACUUCAGCUAAUAGAAAUCAAUCUGUCACUAACGUACCAUUCGACGUUGUCACAGAUCAUGGUUUACCUGAUACAGGUAUAACACAAGCACUAAGAGCUGAUCCGAAAAAGAAUCUUCUACGUGAUCCAGCUGCGAGAAAUAUUCCACGAUUAAUUGUUGAUGAUAGUGUCAUUAAACAAAAUAUUCGAACACCGAAAAUCGUAACAACCAAUGGUAGUGAUAAUUUAGACCAAACGAAAAAAUUCAAUAAAACCAAUAAUGGAAAACAAACUCCUGUAGGUCGUCAAGCCAACGGAGAUUUUAACAAUAGAUUUAUACCUCCUGAACCUGUUCAACAAUAUCCGAUAUCUUAUGUUGACAAUCAACAGGCAAUUGAUGAUUAUUGGAAAAAAGAAGUUCGAGUUGAUAAUGAAGGUCUUGUUACGAUUGAACCUAUUAAAUAUGAUAGAGAAAGUUACGAAGGUCCAUUUGGCUUAACACGUCAAGGUGCUGUUAUAUACUAUGUUGGUAUGGGAAUAUUUACUUUACUUGCCGGCAUUUUCUUAAUUAUGUCUGGAAUAUUUUAUGCUCAAAACUAUCCUUCAGGAUCAUCACAGACAGGUGUAUUGACUGGUUUAUGUAUAUGUGGAUUUGCGUUUUAUAUUGGUUUACAAUUAAUCCUAAUUGGUAUAUGGCAUCAAAAAUAUCGCUACGAACAUCCCAAAAAACCUCAAGCAGAUAUAGAUGAGCGUAAUGAUUCCAAAACACGUUUGAAAUCAGCUAUGGAAGUAAAUGAACAAUAUAAUUAUCCAUAUCAACAACCAGUUGAUUAUCCGCCAUAUGAAUAUUAUCCUAAUCCACCUUAUGCUUCAAAUAUGAGUGAACAAAUGCUAUUACAACAGCCAGGUGCAGCAACAGGUGCUGCUUAUUAUGAUCCAGUUGUUUGGCCAUCUAAUGUCGAAAUCGACGCGCGGUCAGAUGCUAGAUUUUCUCAACCUACGGACUCACUUUAUGGACAAGACAGAACUAGUCGAACACCAGCACAUACAGCCGUUUCGCUUAGAACCACUAAUUCAAUGCCAAAAAGUCACCAUAAUAAUAGUAAUAAACCAGUUGAAGUUAAACAACCCAACGCAAAAUUUGAUAAUCUUUUUCCAAAUUCAAUUGUUACUGAAGAAACAUUACCAAACUUAACUAAAGCACCUGAGACAAAUGACCUUAUAAGAAAAAUCAUGGCACAUGAAGCUACUGCUGAAAAACGUUCACCACAUCGUUCUUCGAGAAGAAAAAAUGCUAACCGAAUAAAACCAUUUGAUCGAGAAGCUGCCUCUUCAAUUAUAUCAAGUUCGAACCAUCAAAGCAGCGGUUCUCACCAUCAUCGACGACGACGACGUCGUCAUUCCUAUUCGUCAUGUUCAACAUGUUCAAACGAUUCAUACGAUCGAUACCUGAGCGAUGCUAAUUUUAAUCCUCGCCAAGAUCAAAAACAAGAUCCUACAUCGCUGUCGCUAAAUUUCACACCGCAAAUACCAGAAACAACCACAAAUAAUCCCCAAAAAACAAAUAAACAAUCCUAUCGUGAUACUGGCUAUGGUGCAAGAAAAACAGACAAUAUAUACAAUACAAAUGCUUUAGAAGAUAUACCAAAUGCUCGUGAUUAUCGUGUUGAACAAAAUCCAGUUAUUCGCCGUACAGUUAUCGUAGAACCACAUCCAACACAAUCAAAUUCAAUAGCAGUUGCUAAUCCGCGAAUAGAUAAAACAAAACAGAAAACAACAGAAAAAAAUAAUACUAGAAUGGCAACUAUACAUUUAAAAGAUGUUUAUGAAGAUAUGAAUGAAAACGAAAAUUUCAAUGUAAAAUCUAAGAGAAUGAAACAUCCUCAAUAA